AUGAGAUACCAAAAAUUUGCUUUACCACUUGUAUACAUUUUUGCAACUGCUUUAGCUGCUGUGGCCAAUGAAGACUAUGCCCUUGGUGCUGCAGUAGUGUCAAACAAUGACCCAAGCACUGGCCAUGACAAAUCAAAUAACAAAUUGAGUGUCGCUCCGUUGGAGGAUGAAGACAAUCAUCCUACACCUGACCAUUUAAAACAACCAUUGAAUCCAUAUCAGAGUUCAGAUUCUGCAGUUGUGGGCACAAAUUCAGGAGAAGCACCUGCUGAAGCACAAAAUUACGAUGCAUUCAUCAUGUCUAUAUCAAUGAUUGUUGUCUCCGAGAUUGGAGACAAGACUUUUCUUAUAGCUGCUUUGAUGGCUAUGCGAAACUCAAGAGUUAUUGUGUUUACAGCCGCAUUUUCGUCAUUGGUGGUGAUGACUGUUUUGUCAGGUAUCGUUGGCCAUGCAUUACCUACAUUGAUCUCUCAACGUGUUACGCAGUUCUUGGCAGCGGUUUUGUUUGUAGUAUUUGGAGCCAAAUUACUUAGGGAAGGGUUGAGUAUGUCAAAAGACUUGGGGGUAGAGGAAGAAUUAGCUGAGGUAGAGGAAGAAAUAGCUUCAAGCAAGAUCAAUUCACAAUUGAAUGAUAUUGAAGGUGGUGCAGGUACCCAUUCCAAUUCAAAUGGAAAAAAGUCCAAGCUCAGCGACAUGGGCCAUCAAAUACAAAAUUUAGCAUCGUUCAUAUUCACUCCCGUUUGGAUCCAAGUGUUUGUCAUGACAUUUUUGGGAGAAUGGGGAGAUAGAUCUCAAAUAGCAACCAUUGCCAUGGCCGCUGGAUCUGAAUAUUGGUAUGUUAUAUUUGGAGCAAUUAUAGGACACGGGCUAUGCACUGCUACUGCCUGCCUCGGAGGGAAACUUUUGGCUAAAAAGAUUUCAAUGAGAAAUGUCACCUUGGGAGGUGCUAUUGCAUUUUUUGUAUUUUCAAUCUUGUACUUUUACGACGCAUAUUAUAAUAUCGAAAGCUAA